GCAAUAUCCAGAUUUCACCAAGGAGUUUGUAAUCACGACAGAUGCUUGCGGAUACGGCAUUGCCGGAAUUCUCAGUCAAGGAGAGAUUGAUGACUCUAAAAAGGAUGAUGACGGCUAUUCUCGUCCUGUUGUUCAUCAACACCCAGGAAAUUAAUGGAUUAGUAGGUUAUGAUUGUAGUGGGUCUACCUUAAACAUCACCUCGUAUUCUCUACUCCAGGUGGGGCAAUGUCACAUCCCCCUUGUUAAACCCAAAUCAACAAAUGUCAACAUCGAACUUAUGCAACUUAACAAAUAUGGACAAAUUACGGUCGUAGAAUGUCGAUUACAAUUAGAUCGAACAAUUCACCGUUGCGGAAUGUUUUCCCAUGUAGCAAUAGUGCACAAUUACCGCAGGGAAUAUUUCGUUGAGCUGGAACAACACGAAUGCCAAAAAUUACAUGAUUCCAACUCACUACAGAUAUCACACAACAUUGUAGUCGAUGCACUAGUUAAAAAUAUCACCAAUCUUAGACCAAUCACAAUAGCCGGUAAAGCCGAAGUUGACGGCACAUGUCAAGGAAGCCAGUAUAAUGACCCAUUUGGGAAUUGGGACGAAGUCAUUGUCAACGCAAUAGCGCGAAUCUACUACACUUCAUAUGUCACCACUGUCGAAUUAAUAUCCAACAAAGUAACCCUUCAAUCGGGAGCCAAAUGCGAUUUUUUGGCGGGGUCUUGUACAAACUCUCUUGGCACUCAGGCCUUUUGGUCAGUCCAGCCUCCAGACGACUGUAAAUUCGGAAAAUACACAACGCUAUAUCGAGGAUCAGCUACGAAGAUCGAAUCAGACAACAGUAACCCGACCACUUAUUUAGUUACCACUAGAGACUAUACUUUCACAUUGGAGCAAAGAUCUAAGACAUUAACCUGUGGCUACCUUUUGAUCCAAACUGAAUUACCAAAAUUAUUUAUUAUGGAAGUUUCUCCGGGAACCACUUUCCCCACAAAUAAGAUUAUCAAUACCGAUAAUGUGGACUUAAUGCAAUAUGUUAACACGAAAAUUGUAUACCUCGAACACCACCUUAGAACUCAAGUUAGGAAGCUGUAUCACUAUAUUCGUCUCAGUCAAUGCGAAGCCCAAAGAACCUCAUUAAUGAACGCCCUUAGCACAGCGUCAUUUGCACCUGAUAUAUUUGCCUAUAACCUCAUGAAAGGCCCGGGUUAUCAUGCAAUAACAACAGGAGAAUUGGUUUCCAUUGUCAAAUGCACGGCAGUACCAGUCACCCUCAGAAAGAGUGAAAAUUGUUACCAAGAAAUGCCAGUUACUUACAACAACGAAAGUUACUUUCUAACCGGAAUAUCGAGAAUGUUGAUUAGACAUGGAACGGUCAUUGACUGCCAUUCAGCGAUACCUACAGUUUAUAGAAUUGAUGGAUAUUGGUAUGCACUGAACCCUGACCCAAUGAAAACCCCAACGCCUGCAACCUUUAACCCUUCUCUACCAAUAGAAUGGGAAUAUGAAAAAAUAGAAAAUUUAGCAACUAGUGGAAUUUAUAGCGAAACAGAUAUGGAAAAAUUACGUGACCGACUAUUAACUCGAGCAGAAGCCGCCACUGUAAUGAAUAAUCUUGUCAGCGCCGCCAAUGGUAAUGAACUGCCAGCCGGAACUAUUUCAAUGAAACACCUUUUGAGUAGGGAGAUGGUAGAGGAAAUGACGGAAUCAGCAGCUUAUAAGACGUGGGAAAAACUCAAAAUAUUUGGGAAUACAGUAUCGAUUCUUAUAGGAAUUGUCACUAUUAUCCACGUGAUAAUUGGCAUUGCUAAUGUGUUCAUACAUGGUUUUACGCUACACGAUGCAUUCGGAUGGAGCUUCCGUAUCCUUGGAGCUUUAUUUGGAGGACUUACACAUUAUUUUAUAUACAGAACACGUCGAAACCAAACGAAUAAUUUACCAGAAAACAUCGAAGCUCAACCUCUUAACACGGAGAUGAGAACACACACCCGGAGAACCACGCCAUUGAACACUAUAACUACAACAAGUGAACUGCCACGAGCCACCCUUCCUAAUCCGAUUAAUCCGCAAUUACUAUCGCAAGCACGUAUAGCUUUAAGUACUGCCCCAACUAACACAAACUAGUAGAAGUAUUUGUUAAUAACCAUUCUACAUAGUGCCAAUAAAUAGAAAAAUAGCCACUCAGAAAUCAACAGUGGAUUCGAUGCUGAUCAAGGGGAAAUAUAUUAUAUGUCUUCCUACUCGUCCGAAAUCGUGAUGGUCCACAACUAUCUUGCACGUUUCAACUAUCCUGGUUACAUUUACCCUCCUGAAUAACUAGCAAUUGACUUCACAAAUCAUUAACAGAAUCAACAUCAACAACAAUCAGCAUCAGCAUUAGCAUUAUCAGCAGCAGUAUCAGCAUCAGAAUUAGCAUCAUCAACGAUGAACACCCGAUCGGCUGAUAUUUGCGAGAAGAUUCGGCAAAUGCAGACGACUAUUAGCAAGAUGCAAGCUGCUACUGAUCAGUUGAGCAACACAAUGCAUAGGUUAUUCAAAUACCAAAACACCACAGAUUCAAAAAUUCUCAUGGAAAGAACGAUGCGAAAUCUACGGUUCCACAUGAUCUUCCUCAGAACCCUACAUGAAGAGCUGCAAACACAAAUUACAAAUUAAAAUAGAAACUCAACAAUCAUAACCUACACGAUUCCAUUACACGACGGGGAGAAGGCCGAAUUUCAAUGGGGUUUGGAGUCAAUAAAUACUUUGGGAGUGACGAUCCAAGGGGUCCCCAGGGAAACGGCGGCGAAAUAAGAUAGAAAAAAAAAAAAAAAAUAAAUAACUAAAUAAAUAUUAUUUUAUAGUAUUUUAUACAGUAUUCGAAACUACUCUUUCUAUAUUUUUUUUAUAAUUAUCACUAGCAUUGUAUUCAAUGAAAUAACCUACAUAUAUAUGUAUACAUAUAUAGAUAUAGAUUUUUUUUAUUUUUCAUUCAUAUGUGCAUAAAAUCAUAAUGUCCAUAUACAUUUUUUUUUUAUUGGGAGAUAAUCCCGUACCGAAUGUACUCUCAAUGCUUUAUAUCGAGUCAAACAUUCAUAAUCAACAUUUGUAGACAUUAAAACAAAAACAUAACAGAGGUCAUUAAUAUAAAUCAUGACAUAUUUAAUAUCUACACUGUGCGACAUUUAUUAAUUCCUUCAGCAUAACAAUCAGUAAACCAAAAAUUGGACAUACAUCAUAAUUUUUGGCAAACUAAGGCUAGGGGAAAAAUAACGCGCUUUCAACCAAACUUUUGAUUCCAAACGGUAUCAAGAAUGAAAAUAGUUUAGUCAAAAAACAUUAGACAAAGUAGAUAAUAACAGAGCACGCAACAUUACCAUGCUGCACUUAAUAUUUUAGACACAUAAUUUUUUUUUUUCUUUUCCCGACUUUUGCUGUCCGCAUCCCUUUUAUAUAAUCUAGGUGAAGGUAGCACUAAUCUGCACGAGCACGUAUUUGCAAUGCACUGAAUGCAAAAUAUAGAGUUAUAAAUGGAACGAAACGUUUUUUCUUCCGUAAAUAAAGAAAUAAACGUCUCAUAUCAUUCCAGAAUCAGGAAUGGACAGACACACGAAUGAGCGCCCUCGUAUGAUUAGGAUAUGGAGACACCCCAAUAAAGAAAUCUUAGAGGCGAGGAAAAGGAAACACCGAAUAUUAAUUAUCGCGAGACAAUUGCAAAAGAAAGUAGAAAAAAUGCAUAAAUUAUUAGAUGUAUUUAAACAAUAUUGCGAAGCGAAAAUCGACGAAAUAGAAAAUACCGAUAGUCACGAAGAAUUGGAGGAGAUUUCGGCGGACGAAAUAGAUACAGAUAAUGAUAGCAGAUAAAGGUAGGAUAUUCUUUCUAUUACUUCAGGCUUAACUUGAGAAAAUGAGAGAAACUUGCAAAAUAAAAAUAAAAAAAUAAUACUAAACUUAACUAUUCAUAAUGGCUACUAACGCUUGAAUUAUAACGGUAAAAGAACGCCGACGGAAUGACACAGAUCCCGUUAAAUAGCCUCACUAAAUAAAUAAUAAAAAUUAUAAUAUUCAUAUACAUAUGCAUAUGUAUAUACAUGUAUGUAUAUGCAUAACAUUAGAAUCAUACUCAUGAAGUAACAAUACUGUGGGCUGGCAUGAGUUCGAGUAUCGAUUGUCACCUUUGCGAUAACCUGAAAACAAGUGAAGAAAUAAGUAGAAUAUAUAAUAAAAUACUGUAACGAUAGGCCACUGACGAGUAGUAUGUAAAAUUAUGAAUUGAAGUGUAAGAUUUAGAAUAAGCCUGAAAUUCCUUCAGCAUGAAUGAGCUGAAACAUGCAACGCCCUACAGUUGCGGCUUAAGGUUCCGAAUAUUGGCACCUAAUUCUUCAGGAUAUCAGGGAUCGAACUUGAUGUUCUGCGGACCUUCGGCCUGAAAAGAAAAGAAGAAAAGAAAACAACAACGACGAACAAAACACAAUCCUAUUUUGCUUUCCUUACCUGCUCCCCUAUAUCCUUCUUCCGACCUCUUGAUACUCGAAAAUCAAUUCGAACUAUCGCUGAAAAGAUGCUCACGUCAUGUUCUCACUCAGAAAAUACCGCGUACACUUGGAAAAGGACGAAGAAAAUGAAAACAAAAUAUUUAAAAGAGAGGUCACAAUCUUGCUGACCAACACUAAACAACAGAUAUUCAAAAUACCUUACAUGCGUAAACCAAGCAUUCUACACGAUCGUGACGACGAUGGGAAGUUCCACAGGAUAAUGGAGACUACAACGGAGCGAGCAUGCAGUAGAAGUACUCUCUACAGUGCAAAGCAGCAUAACCAUCAUCAUACUGGAAAUGGGAGCCCAAGAUAUCCAAGUCAAGCAAUAAUUCAAAAUCAAUGAAAACGAAUACCGGAAUCCAACCUCCGCUACUAACAAGAAGUACGAAUGCAAGAUAUGAGUGGAGAACGAGAACAAAUCGCAGAAAAUUGAAUACCAAAAUUGAACAGCAUACAGAUAGACCUGUCACAGCACCAUUGGAUGAACGAAACCUUCCUUACCAUAUGAAAGUCCCCAUACCUUUCUAAUAAUCCUAGCCAAAGAAAACAACAAAUGUACGUACUAUGACCAGACUUCGGCAGUUGAUCCGCAGGCAUUAGUCGAUCCAUGAUACCAAAACGGACAACAGAACAGCAAGGAGCUAAGGAUACCGAAGAACACGAGCGGAACAGGAUCAGAAGAUUAUUAUUUUACUACACUGUAUCUCUUAUUAUGAUAUAUCAUGUUCAAUUACAUUAAAGUCCAAUACUUAAGAUCUAUGGGUACCUCGCAAACGUGACAAUACGUAAUUUAACUAUACGAAAGUGACUUGGACCACUUAACACUACGCUUAAGCCUAUAAUAAUUUAAAAAUCAAAUAAUCAAACAUAUAUUGGGCAAAAAUAUUUCAUGAAAUUUAAAUAUUCUAUAUCUAUCUAUAUAUGUUCACUGCAAGCAAUACCUGGGUUUACUCAAUUGGGAAGUAACCACUUAUAAGCACCUCCCUUUUUCGCAAUAAUACCUACACGAAUAUAUAUCUAAAUUAAACCUACGAUUACAGAAUACAUAAAAUGGAUCCAUCAAUCCGAUACAGGACGUUACGAGCGUCCUUAAUACUGAAUUAUCCUGUUAGUCUGAGGAAUCAAAUAUAUAAUAAACUUACUACGUAUUCCACAAAAAUCGCAGACUGCAGAAAAGCAAGGGAAAAACCGGCAGCGCUUAACAAUUUAACAGAAAAUCUCGAAGAAAUACUCAAACCACUACACAUCGCUGUCAUACAAGGAGUACUAUUUGGCAACAUGCACUUUAUAAAAUUGGACACGAAUCCUCAAAUCAUGAAAUUUUACAUGAAUGACGAAUAUGAUUGGCGCAAGGAAGCCAAACUGUGUCGACAAAUAAUUAAAACAUUUAAAAGACUACUGAAAUGAAGAAAAAACUAGGAACAUUAAAUACGUGAAGUGGGAUUGCAAAACUCAGUGCAACAAAUAAUUAGAGAUUAAAUAGUGAAAUACUUGAAUCGAAUAGUUAAAAUCAAUCAAAUACUGUCAAACUUGCAACGCUUAGAUAAAAAUAAAUUAUGAUAUGUUUAAUUGAAUUUCAGUGGGUUAGGAGCUUAUCCUUUCGAGCUAAUGUACCGGAGAAUCCCCUGAUAGAGUUCAUAACGAUAAAAUAUGUAAAAACCACAAAACUAUGGAAUAAGGACCGUGAUUGGUUGAUUUUUCACAAAAAAAAAAAGACGAAACUAUAAUAGACUUUUACAGUUGCUUUUGUCGCUAAAACAGACAAAAGCAACUGCACUCACCAUUGUCAUGUUACGUAUUCACAUACGUUUUCUAUGAAUGAUAUUCCCUUGAAGCAAUUGCAAAGUAUAAACGAUGAAAUCAAUCAAAUAUGAAUACUAAAUACCGCUAUAAAUUACUGAUCAUAUAUUUCAACCAGAGGUCAUAUAACAAAACAUUCUUAGAUGAAUGACCAAAAGGAUUCUAUAUAUAAAUAAAAAUAAAGAAAUGAAAAGAUAGAAACAUUGACGGAGGACGGAACAGUAUUUCUCCCUCUGACGUCGCAAGCCGAUGACCUUUAAUACAAUCAUUGCACAGAAUAAAUAAAUGAUUACUUAAAAUAAAAAUAAUUCGGGACCAUACAGGAGCCCACAUACCAAUGAUUAAAAGAAACUCAGCUUUGGGACGUUAGAACAGGGUUAAACCGCGAGGACGAGUAACGCACCCUCUCAAAAAUGACGAAAUCUUGGAAAUUUCCAUGUAUAUAUUGAUAUGAGUCAAUCUAAGAAUGAUAUGACUCCGAUUGAAAUAAAUGAAAAGACAAACGAAUAAUUUAAAUACAAAAGAGAAAUCAUAAUUCAGAAAAAUAGAUAAAUUCGACUAUUGCAUCAAAAAGGAUACAUGAAAAGUCAAGAAAUAACGUAAACUAAAUAUUCCAUAAGACAAUGGCCAUGAAAAGUUAUGAAAAAAUAGAAUUUGUUAAUAAACAAUUAACAAACAUUUAUAACAACAAAAUGAAAAUCAGUGGAAAAGAAAGAACGAUCACCGGGGUAAGCACCCUCCAAAAAUCUCUUCUUAAUCUGCAUAAACAGUUGAGAUAUUUAUUUUUGAAGUUUCAUACACACACAUACAAGCCCAUGUAUCCGUGUGUCCACAAAACUUUCGAAAAUUCUAGCGUACGCAUUAUUGAUGAUAGAGAAAUGGUUUCCAUACAAAAGGGACUCCAUAUUCUGAGAACUAUUCAUUUCACUCAUAAAAAUAAUAAAAUUUAUUAACAAAUAUAAUUGUUGUAAACAAAAUAUACAUGAAAUAUUCUACGAACAAUUCAGAAAAAUCGUAAAAGGAAGUUCUGUAGAUCCUUGAUAUGUAACUAAAAAAUCUCUUCUUAAUCUUCAUAAAUAGUGAAGAUAUUCAUUUUUAAACUUUUACACACACACACAUAGAAACCCAUGUAUCGGUGUGUCCACAAAAACUUUGGAAAAUUCUAGCGUCCGCAUUAUUCACGAUAGAGAAAUGGUUUCCAGACAAAAGGGACUCCAUAUAUUGAAAACUAUUUAUUCCAUUCAUAAAAAUGAUAAAAAUUAUUAACAAAUAUAAUUGUUGUAAACAAAACGUACAUGAAAAAUCCUGUAAACACUUCAGAAAAAUCGUAAAAGGAAGUUCAGUAGAUCCUUGAUAUGUAACAAAAAAAUCUUUUCUUAAUCUUCAUAAACAGUGAAGAUAUUGAUUUUUAAAUAAUUCACACGAUACACACACACUCAAAUCCUUGUAUCGGUGUAUGCAAAUAAAGUUCGAGAAUCGUUAGCGCCUUCCCUAUGGGACAUAUGCAAAAACAUCCCAUAUAGAAACUAUGGCAUAAAUUAUGAACUACAAAAAUGUGUAAUAAAAAAUUGUAAAAGUCAAUAGACAAAACUGAAUGUCUAUUGACAUGUCAUUAGGAAUUACCCCUAAAAAAAUCUAAAAUUGGCGAAAUUAGCGCAUUUAAAUAACAAGAACAAGAAUAUGAAAGAAAAUUAAACAAAACUCAACAAUUUAAACAUGUCAAUUUUGAUAAAUUAGCGAUCUUAAUUGUAAAUAUUAAUAACCACGAAAUUAAUGAACGAAUUUCUACCGAAAAAUCCAUAAAAAUAGUCCACUGAAUCCUCUAACGACUGAGCCAUUGAUUAGAUUUUUCACGUUAUAAACAACGCCAUUAAAAGUUAAUAAACAUUUUUCAAGGUCAAGUCAAUAUCUCCGAAAGUUGUAUAGUUAAGAAAAUGAAAAUUUAUGGAAAAAUGCUAUAAAAUGUGGACAUUUGAAUGGAUGAAUAAUUGUUCCUGAUUACUGAAAAAUACUAUUGUUAUUAACAAUUGAAAUGUUAUAAAAAAUUGUCAAAAAAGUUUUAAUACUAGAAUCGUAUUUCUAGACCAAAAAUAGGGUCAAAAACGAAUUUUGUCAAAUUUGUCAAGAGACAAUGUCAAUAGACAAAAAUUGCUUAUAGUAGUACCAUGAGGAUGCCAAAAGGAUCCAUUUAAGCUAUAGUGAAAAUCACGUUCAAAAAUUAAUUUUAAAACAGAAAAAUCAUUGUCAAAAUAUCAGAAAUAAAUUUUAAGAAUUAAAAAUGUAAAAAUGAAAAAUGUAAUAAGGCAUAAGAGAAUGUCACAGCAUUAGAUGAGACUACACACAGAACAUAUGAAUACGCAUCACGCGCCAUCCCUACUCUCAGUCAAGUGGAGUUGCACGUUAAACGAAGCAUCCCCACCAUCCCUACUACUGGAUAGCGUGCGCCAACGAUCGACGCGGUGAAUAAUCGGUCAGAGUAGUCUCAGUGCCGCAGAGAAACGGCAGUUCAACUUCAACAUCAGCCAGCAGCAGUCAUCUCUCCGAAGAGCUCCGGGAACAUUAAAUCGACUAAGUUCCAAAUUAUUUUUGGACUUAGAAAAUAUUUCGUGAGUUGUGGACUUGGAAAAAUUUC